UACUACAUCGAAUCCGCGAGUUAGCCGAAAUAGUAUGGUGUUACCUCGGGUCAAGAAUGUUACGAAUCGGAGUACGAGUACAACAUUUUGUGCGGUUGUUUGUCGACUUUGUGCGGUUUGAAUGUUAACGGACUGAAACUUACACGGUGUUUUGUGAAUAUUAAAACAAAUUUUUAUCGAGUUUUCGCUCAAUUUUUCCCCCCUUGUUAUCAUAGUGUUAGUGAAAUAAAUGUGAAGUUUUCGUGUGUGACUAUUUUCAUAAGGAAAUUUUCAAAUGCUUAAGUGGGCAGUCGGACAAAGAGUACCAUCUUCAGCAUCGUCAACGUGUUCCGAUAUUACUCCAAGUGUUGCUUGUUGCUCUUCUACCUUCAGACAGAACACAUUCAAGUUACAUUCGGCCGGUAGAUCAGCCGUUCGGACUGCAUAUGUUCGAAAUUUAAAAACCGCCGAUAAAGAAAAUAGAAAAUGCAGGAGAUCUUUGGAAAAAGAAAUGAAAACUGUAUCAGGAUCUUCACGUUCUCGAGACAGCAUUUACAUGCAUCUAGAUAACCUUCCGGCCGCUCUCCGGGAUGUGAGUAAUCAUUGGUCACCGGGCUGUGAGAAUAUUCCGGAACGGGACAGAAAUGUGAUAAAAAAACGAAAUGUACGGUUGAAGAAGAGUCCAUGCAGAGUUAAUUCACAUAAAAGUAGCGCUCUGCAACCGUUAAAUUCGACAAAUGAAAAUAAAAAACAAGUUUGCGAAAGCCAAGACGAAUGUCACGUUACCACGAAAGAAGCUAAAGACCCCAUAAUCGGCGUAUUGGGUAAAAAGAAGCAACCUUGUUCGAAUAAUCAUGACGUAGACACGUUACCUACAUCAACCAGUGACAGUCCAGUCGACCGAUUACCAGAUUGCGAGCGAAAUAAAACCUCAAUGUUGGUCGACAAUGGACUCUACUUCACCAUACAAACCUCGCCGCCGGACGAGCCGGACGAACUGUUCCAUAAAGAAUUACCAAUACCUAAUAAUUUGAAGAAACCUAAUUUUAAACUAAUAGACGACUGUGAUAAUAAUUUAAAUUUCAAAGAGAAUCAUUUGCCGAAAACAAAUGAAGCUUGUAUCUGUGAUAUUGACGGUAACCGAUGCGCUGUAUCGUCGCUGACCAAAAGCCUAUCGUGGCUCAGGCUGAAUACGCGAACGGCCAAAGACCUGGCUAAACUAAAUCUGCUGCAUUUCGAACCAGAAGACGAUAACGAGCGUUUCGACAGCAGUUUAGAAAUAAGUAACCCGAAUUCGGCUGUUUUGAGUGAAAAUAGUUUUUCAAUAGCUUCUGCGAGUCCGGCGGCUACCAUUUCGAAAGCUUCGUUGAAACGUAAAUUUACAUCGAGUCGAGAUACCAAUUUGGAAGAUCAUCGAGAAUGCGAAAUCGCCGCCAACGAAGACGAUUACGACGUCGCCGAGAAAAUAAAAUCUAAACGACGUUGCGUGAUAUUCAACGAGCAGUCGUUCCCGCUCAAUACUCCGCCGUGUUCGGAAAAAAGUCACAUUUCUUCGGGCGUUACUUCCAUCGAUUUAGAUAAACCGUCGACACUGAAACGGCAAAAAGUCAUCCGAAGGAAAAACACGAAUAGAAAACGUGAUUUUGUGACAGUACCGCAAACGAUAUACAAUAAAAAUUUAAAAUCGUGGUUGACCCUGCCUAAUGGUAUACCUAGUCCGUUCGAAGUGAACGAAAAACAAUUCAAGAUUCUAUCUUGUACUCCUAUGACCACUCAAAACAUAUCGCCCUCCAUUUGCGACGAUACUUUAGAAUUCAGCCUGAUGAAAAAAGCUGUUUCAACUCCUAAACCUAACUUUGUUCUCGAGUUAACCGAAGACGUGUUUUUAAGCCCCGGAAUUAGACCUUUGCUGGAUUCGGUUUUGACGAACACGUCUUUAGAAAAUAACCACACGGAUUCGAAAAAUGAAACCGACGAUACUAACGAUACUACGUGCGCUUUACUCACCGUAUCCGAACAACAGACUUGGAAUUCUCAUCAUAUUUUACCAGAUGCGGAUCCACUCUCGUCCACUGAUAACGAUAUCAAUUGUUCCACCUCGAGUAUGAGAUCGAGUAAUUCUUCAAAGAUCAACGACGAUCAAGAUGUUUUCUCUAGUAUUGUUUCAUCGACACCGACUUUAGCAUCCAGUCCUACAAGCACUUCAGAACGGCACCCUCGUUCCAGACGAUGCUUAUCGUUCAUUUCGCCUCCAAAUUCUAAAAGUUCAGCCAAACAGAAUCGCUGCGAAACUGGCCAAUUAGAUUUACGUAUUUACUUCAAUAAUGGACUUUUAACCGUGCAUAUUAUUCGGGCCAGAAAUUUAGUAAGAAGCUCCGGGGAAUUACCUUGUAACGCUUAUGUUAAAGUCAAUUUGGUACCGCAAGGAUGUGUGAAAACGUUCCACCGAACAUGCGUUCGAAAAAAUUCAUGUAAUCCGAAAUUCGACCACAAGUUUUCGAUGGAAAUCAUGGAGAAUGAUUUGAAUAAGAGGGUGUUAAUUUCAGCUUGGCAUCGUGAUCGUGGUAAACAGAAAAGUGAAUUCUUGGGUUGUAUGUCAUUUGCUGUAAAAAACGUUCUUAGAAAGGAGAUUAAUGGCAGUUACAAAUUAUUGUCUCAAAAGUCGAAUAAAUCAUAUGUUUCGCAAUUUCAAGCCCAAGUCGACGUAAUGAGCAGUCAAACUGUUUCAUAUUCUCUCGAGAAAACGAGCAAUGCUGAAAUAGAUAAAUAUUCAGGUAACGAUAAAUUAAAAUCAAUGACAGUAACGAAGAAGGAUAUGAAUAAAGUCCACGAAGAAUUCCUAUUUCUUCAGCAUUUAGAAUUAGAUCCAGCUCCUUCGAACAAAGACUCGUCCGAUCCGAAGAAAUCCGGCCGCACUCCAUUUACAACUACUCAUAAGUUAACUAGGCAAUCUAGUAAAAGCUACGGAUUUUCAAUCGCUUGGACUCAUCCCCCGAGGAUUGAAAGAGUCGAAGCUGAUUUACCUGCCGAUUUAGCGGGUUUGAAACCUGGUGACAAUGUAAUUUUUGUGAAUAAAAUAAACGUAGUUACGCUACCCGAAGAAAAAAUCUUGGAUAUAAUCAAAAAUUGUGGAAACCAACUGGUUUUGGAAAUAUAUCGCAAGCCCCCGGUAGCCAAUGGUAGUAUUAAUUUCGCCUCUCAACCGAUCAUUCAUCAGUUACCGCCCAAAAAACAAUCGUCGUUCAAAGUACGUGUGUCAGAAAAUUCGUCGAAUAAUAAAAUUGAAAGCCGCUCGACGACUGCGUAUUCAACAGCUACCGCUGCUUCGACGGAAACUUCAAAAAGACGAUUACAGUUACCACAAAUUACCUUCUCAUCUGAGGAAAAAGUCGAUCCAGCAGAAAAUUCUCGCCAAUUUUACGUUUUCCAAUUGCUAAAAAAAGAGCAACAAUACGCUUUAAGUUUACAAUUCGGCAUUAGCAGAUUUUUGCUGCCAUUGGCCGAAAGAAGAGAUGUAAUGAGACCAAACGAACAUCAAGUUCUUUUUCAAAACGUCCAAGAGCUUCUUCGAAUCACCGAAGAUAUAUUAGAACGUACGUCGCAAGAUGAAGGCGAAGGGUAUGGUAAAUGUAUAGGAAAACUAUACAUGAAAAAGUUCCCAGCCAUAAAUGCGGCUUAUCGAAAAUAUUGCUGUGGUUUGAAAAAAGCUGACUGUAUUUUAGUUGAAAAAACGCGUUGUAGUGAAUUUAUGCGUUUAGUGACUGAUCCACCGAUACCUAAAAAAAGACCAGAUUUAGUUUCAUUCAUACAUAAACCAUUGCAGCACUAUCGAGAUAUUUUGAAAUCGUUGCAACUCAUAGCAAAUUGUAAAGAAUCAAAAGAAAUAGAUCAUCACAUAUUAACGAAAUUAAUAUCCGAAUUGCAGGCUACUUAUAGAGAUAUAACUGUGGAAUCAGGAUUGAUGGAUUGUAGCACUGAAGGAAGACCAAUACUUUCAUUGCAAGACUUAGAAAGCCGUUUAGUAUUUACUCGAUGCAAGCCAUUCACGUUAAAUAUGCAAGGACGAAAAUGGAUUUUUGGUGGAGACUUGAGUCGAGUCGAAGGAAAAUCUACGAGAUCGUUUUGGACUUUAUUGUUUUCAGAUAUUUUAUUAUUUACGAAAAUUAAUAGAGAUCGAGUGGUCUUUGUUACCGAAGAACCGUUGCCUUUAUCGACUGUAAAUGAAACGCAAUUUAAUAUUAAGAAAAGAGAUACUGAAUUCAGAUUAAUAAUUGGACCGAACGUUCGAGGAAAUAUUAACCUGGCUUCGGGUAACAACAGUCCAGCUCAACAAGGUUGCGUACCCAUGGUACAUUUUCAUAGUCCAUUAGCUCGAAGAUCACCACAAAAUAAAGACGUACGCAGACGAACACUCGUAUUUCGUGCUCCGUCUCCUGAACUGAAAGCUGUUUGGCAGAAUCUCAUACAACGUCAAAUAAUCAAAAUAAACACUACCGGACAAGGCAUUACACCAGCCAGUAGUCCAAUGGAAUCACCAAAUCAAUACACCACAGCUGAAUCAUUGGGUACGAUGGAUACCAAUUCGACCAUUUACAAACGCCAGUGCGAUGGUCCUAUCAACGACUUCAUCGAAAAUAAAUGCAAACAAAUUGGUAAAUCUACUGAAAAAGGUAGAGCGUAUCAUUUGGUGCAAUGGAUGAAGGGUGAAUUCGAUAAAGACUGCAAUAAUUCUCAGACUUGGUCGGAACCUGAUAUCGAAAUUUGGUCCGAAGAAAUGCUGAAAGAGAAAACCGAGAAACUCGAUAUAAAUUUGAAUUACGAAGAUAACGUAAGCGCUGUUACUGAAAUUGAUCUCGUGUGUGAAGAAUCGAGACAUGUGAACGAAGAAUCCAAUUGUACGAAUGAUAAAGUGUCACUAUGUCAGAAAUGUCACGAAACCUGUCUACCUUUGAGUCCAAAAAAUGGAAGAGAAGAAAAACCCGCCAUGAAAAUAGACGCUUUCCUCGAUUCGCAAAAUAAGUGGGAGAAUUUACCUAUACCAACACUUCUGAGUCCAACCGAGCCAUUUAAUCCAAUUCCAAAUAUUGCCAUAACACCUCCAGAUACACCCCAUGCUCAAUUUCUACAUGUGACAAGCUAUCGUUUUUGUCUUGCUAAUGAAAAUAAAGAAAACGCUGAUAACAAUAAUCAUACGAAAAGCGAAGAUGAAGAUGACGACGAUUCCAAUUCCGAAGACACUUUACCUUAUAAAAGCUUGCAAAGCAGAUCAACCAGUUCCUUGAAACGUUUUGUGUCAUUUACAAAUUUAAACGCAAUGGCUGAUGAGGAUGAUUCAGAUAAAGAUGUCGAAGGCAACAACACAGAUGUCAAUGCGAAUGAUACCACCAAUGAUAACGUCGAUAACACGACGGAAAAUCCUCCUGCAAUGAGUUGGGCCAACAGAGCAACUACUUUUGUUGCUCAAAAGAUCGCAGCCUUCGAAAGAAUAGGCGAAAAUAUGAAUUCGUCGGUUUUUUUAGAAAGUUUGAAGUAUUUACGUCCGUCUCGAGAUUACGAAUUAACAUCUACUAGUCAAACAUUAGCAUUCGAAGAAGACUGUGAAAAUUCUGGAGGUACUUCGGGAGAUGAAUUUUGGGGUACUCCGAAUAGUGGAGGAGCUUCAGUUGCUUCGAAUGAGGGGGCAGCUCUGUCGCCAUCUUCUUCUCACGAUGAUGAAGACGACGAUAGUGAGAAACAAAUCAUGGAGGAAAUGCUGCUGAAUAGGACGACUGCGAUGUUAGCUCAGCAACAUAACAUGACUCCGAGUAGAAUGAUGUCAAAUAAAGCUAGAUUAGAAACAUUACCAGAGGACGAAGAAGAAAACAUGACCAAGUCGUCGUCAAUGUCGACUAUAUCUUCUCAAGCCACAUCUGUCACUGCGAGCGAAUGUACUAUGAGCUGUCCUGUUACCACGCAACACGAUGAGAAAUCAAACACUUUGAAUAAUUCGUACUCAUCCCACAUCGGACAAUCCAGCUCCGUUUUUAGCGAAUUUACUAUGAAGGGGAGUCAAUCGAUGGAGGAGUCGAAUAAUAACGAAGUGGAAACAAAAAUUCAAGUCAAAAACACACACAUUAAAAAAUCAAAAUUAGUUAGAUUUUUUAGCAGAGUUGCGCCCAAUGAGGUAGGUAGUAUUGAUCAAAAUGUAAACUUAUACCUAAUUGCAUGCUAUAUUUUUUCGAAUUCAACUUAAAACUCUUAACCGUUUUACGACAAUUUGCAAAGAUGAUCGUUCUAUUUUAAAUUAUAGGAAGAUAAAAAUGAGAAUAAAUUUUGGAGAAAAUUACGAAGAAGACAAACAAACUAACUGUGAUAAAUUUAAGGUACCUAAAUGAUACUACUGGAAUGUCUGAAAUAAAAUAGAAAAAUUUUUCAUUUACUCACUAUGAUUACUUUACUUAUAUUAUGAUAAUGAAUUUUAAUGUAAAUGUGUUUCACAGCAAACAAACCCAAAAAAAGACUGAUAACAUAGCAAUGUACGAGUAAUUCCCAAGCAUUAUAGUUCUUAAAUUAACUGUCAGGAGUCUCAUAGCUGAUUGGAAGUUCGAGAGGAAGAUUUAUAUGGCCAUAAAAAUUCGGCUAAUUGAGAGCGAGUCGACAAAUUUUUGAAAUCGAUUCCUUUUUGCUUGUGGAUCUUUGUAAAAGUUACAGGAGAUAAAGGUAGUGAUGAGAAAAUGGUAAAAUGACCAGGAAGAGCAUGAACUUCAGCUCUUGAGAAAUGAGUUAUGUAUCGUAAUUAGUCAGUAUGUUAAUAAAUUUGCAUACCCAGUUCGCCGUUAUUUUGAAUGAAUGAUUUUUUAGGCAUGUUAAUGACCGAUAACGUCUUCGAGUUGGAGUUUAAGGUUUGCGAAUUUGUUUGAUAUUCCUAUUUGGCUCCCAAUGAAUUGACUUAUUUUCUGAGAUACAGUUGCAAGUUCCUCAUUUUUUAUUAUGAUUGAGACAUACAUUUUUUUUUUAUGAACCUUUCUGUGAAUUUUUCCAAGUGUAGUCAAGUAUAUCUAUCUCAAACUUACUUACCUAAGUUUCAUUUUCAUGAUGUGGCCAAGUCAAGAGUAAUACCUAAUCUAAAGUUGAUAUUUUCCAUUAAUUCAAUGACAAACUGUAUAGUCAUUAAGCUCAAUUUGUUGUAUUUCUUUUUUAUAACCUUAUUGUUUUUGUUGAUUGUUCAACAGCCUUAUUAAUAAAAGAUGAUACUGUU